GAAGUGUCAGUCAUCGUGAUUUGUUCUCCUGUAUCCGGUGUAAAGGUCACACAGUUCCUCACACAGUUCUUCAGCACACUGUCACACCAGCUUCCUGACUCCGUUCUGCUCCUGAAACAUGGCUGAAGAUAUGAUGCUGUUCUGGGGCUCAGGGUCUCCUCCGUGCUGGAGAGUUAUGAUCGCUCUGGAGGAGAAGAACCUACAGGGCUUCCAUCACAAACUUCUCUCCUUCGAUAAAGGAGAGCACAAAAGUGAGGAGGUCAUGAAGCUGAACCCCAGAGGACAGCUUCCUGUGUUUAAACAUGGAGACGUGGUGAUAAAUGAAUCGAUGGCUGUCUGCAUGUACCUGGAGAACCAGUUUCAGUCUCAGGGGACUCGGCUGAUCCCGGGGGAUGUGAAGGAGCAGGCGCUGGUGUUGCAGCGUGUGUUUGAGAGCAGCACACUGCAGCAGAAGAUGUAUGAGUCUGUGUUUUAUGAUCACUUUGUCCCGGAACCUGAGAGACUCGAAUCGGCUCUGAAGAGAAAAAUGGAGAACCUGAAGACUGAACUUGCACUGUGGGAUGGUUACCUGCAGCUGAUGGGGAAAGGGUCGUUCCUGGCUGGAAAAAACUUCUCCAUGGCUGAUGAUGUUCUUCCCAUCUUUGCUUUCCUCCCACGGUUUGGGUUGAGAAAGGAACGUUAUCCACACCUGAUGGAAUAUUAUGAGAUGGUGAAGGAGCGUCCGAGUAUUAAAUCCUCGUGGCCUCCUCACUGGCUGGAGAAUCCUACAGGAGGAGACACACUCAAAGACCUGUGAGGACACGAGGAGGACACACGACACAGUCACGUGUGGAACAGUCACUCAGUCACACUUACACUAACCCUGUAAUCUCUCUGUGAUCUUUCUGAUCUCUUUCUGAUCUCCUUUUUAUUACAUUCUGACCUCCUUCUGAUCUCCUUCUGAUCUCCUUAUGACCUCUUUCUGAUCUCCUUCUGACUUCCUUUUGAUAUCCUGACCUUGAAACAUCAGCACUUCAUAAAGCAGUAUCUUACUGUUACUGUGUUUGUAUAAUAUUCAACAUUUUUGCAUUAAAAAUUAACAUUGA